CUAUAAAUACUUAAAGAAUUUAGCAUUGCUCAACAAUAUCUUUCUCUUAGUCACGGUAAGAAACUACCAUAAACAUGGCUUCCAACUUCAGCUUCAAGAGGGAACUUAACCAGGUAUUAUUCGAAGGAGAUUCACAUUUUAAAAAGGUGAUAUUGAAUAGACCCAGAAAAUUAAAUAUUCUCAGUUAUGAAAUGAUUUCUCAAAUGUUAACAAAGUUCAGAGCUUUUGAGACCGAUCCUACUAUCAAAUUUGUAAUUUUGAAGGGAAAUGGAAAGGCAUUUUGUGCUGGCGGUGAUGUCGUUUCAUCUCUUACUGCAAUUAUCGCUGGACACUGGAGUUAUGGAGCAAGAUUUUAUGAGAAACAGUUUAACUUGGAUUACUUACUUGCAAGAUAUUAUGAGAAACAGUUUAACUUGGAUUACUUACUUGCAAGAUAUUAUGAGAAACAGUUUAACUUGGAUUACUUACUUGCAAGAUAUUAUGAGAAACAGUUUAACUUGGAUUACUUACUUGCAAUUUUCAUCCAACUGAUAGAUGGUAUUGUUAAUGGAGGUGGUGCUAGGAUUGACUGUAUGCAUGGAAGGUUUAGAGAUUGUCCACCUGAGAAUGCCUCUGUUUCCCUGAUAGGACUUUUCCCUGAUCUAGGGGCAUCACAUUUUCUUUCUAGGCUUCCUGGGUAUUUUGGGGAAUAUUUAGGGCUCACCGGAGCAAGAGUUGAUGGAGCAGAAAUGUUUGCUUGUGGCUUGGCAACACAUUUUGUUUCCUCUAAAGAUUUGCUUAAUUUGGAAAAUGCACUCGAGAUACAAACAUCUUUGGAGAUGACAAAGAUUUAUAAAGUUAUUGAGAAGUUUGCACAAAAUCCAAAAAUAAAAGAAGAUAGCCCUUAUAACAGAUUGGAGAUUAUUGACAAAUGUUUCUCAAAAGAUACAGUUGAAGAGAUCUUAUUAGCACUUGAAAACGAGGUCAAAUUGAAAAAUAAAGCAGAAAAUUGGAUUAUAAAGGCAAUUAAUUCUAUGAAAUCAGCUAGUCCAACGAGCCUUAAAAUUACUCUAAGAUCGAUCAGAGAAGGACGACAACAAAAUCUAAAACAAUGUUUUAUUCGUGAAUAUACAAUUUGUUGCAACAUUGUUCGAGCAACUGCUGGUAGAGAUUACUUUGAGGGUUCAAGGGCUAUGUUUUUUGAUAAAGAUAAAAAACCAAAGUGGGAACCUUCAAAACUAGAGCUAGUGAGCAAGGAUAUGAUAGAUCGCUGUUUCAGUGCAAUUGAUGAGGAUGAUUGGGAAUAUCUAAAACUUCCAUCAAGAUCUGAUACUAUGGAAAAAAUAUUGCAGCCUAGACUUUGAAGUUUGAAUGCUACAGACCAUCAAAUAUUAAAAAUUAAAUAACUAUUCUAUAACUAUUAUUGCAGAGCUUAAUGUAUGGUAUAUUAUUAAUUACAUUGAGGCAUUUGGUUUGACAGAAACAGUAGGUUCUUCAAUGGAUAUGUUUGUAUUGGCACUUCUAUGAUAAUUAUUUGGAGAUUAUGGAAAUUUCAAUCAAUCCUCAAA